AUCCUAAAGUCAAGGCAAAGAAAAGAUUAUCUUCCAUUUAAGGGUUGCGUGUAAACAACGCCCAAUACACGUCACCUUUCAUACGUGUCAAACGAUUAUUGGCUAUUGCUUCACCGCCAUAGCUUUCUCGCGACCGAGGCUUCCUCAUCCCGUUGUAUAAAUCAAGCCCUAAAGACCUAUUCUCCUCCACAAAUCGAAAAGCAAUCUUCUCAGUUUUCAUCGCUAGCGAAUUUACUUUACGAUCAAGAUGCAGAUCUUCGUUAAGACUCUCACCGGAAAGACCAUCACCCUCGAGGUGGAGAGCUCGGACACCAUCGACAACGUCAAAGCCAAGAUCCAGGAUAAGGAAGGCAUCCCCCCCGAUCAGCAGAGGUUGAUCUUCGCCGGAAAGCAGUUGGAGGAUGGACGUACUCUCGCUGACUACAACAUCCAGAAGGAGUCUACUCUCCACUUGGUGUUGCGUCUACGUGGAGGCAUGCAGAUCUUUGUCAAGACACUGACGGGAAAGACGAUCACUCUAGAGGUCGAGAGUUCCGACACUAUUGACAAUGUGAAAACCAAGAUCCAAGACAAGGAAGGGAUCCCUCCGGACCAGCAGCGUCUCAUCUUUGCCGGCAAGCAGCUUGAGGAUGGUCGCACCCUUGCCGACUACAACAUCCAGAAGGAGUCUACUCUCCACUUAGUGUUGCGUCUGCGUGGAGGUAUGCAGAUCUUUGUCAAGACCUUAACCGGAAAGACCAUCACACUGGAGGUGGAGAGUUCGGACACCAUUGAUAACGUCAAGGCCAAGAUCCAAGACAAGGAAGGGAUCCCUCCGGACCAGCAGCGUCUCAUCUUCGCUGGAAAGCAGCUUGAGGAUGGUCGCACCCUUGCCGACUACAACAUUCAGAAGGAGUCUACUCUCCACUUGGUGUUGCGUCUCCGUGGUGGCUUUUAAGUCUCUUGUCCUGUGUCUUAUUAUCAAGAAACAGCAAUGUCUGCGUUUUUAGUUCCGUUUUCUUAAAAGAUUAAUCAUGGUUUGUGUGUUUUGAGGCGUUAUGAAGCGUCUCCUAAAUAAUUGAUGAACUCUGUUUCCCCUUUUCGUUAUAAGACUACUAGAACUUCUCUA